GAAUACAAACGAAAAUAGGAAUGGUACUGCAGUUAUCACUCGUUUAAUUAUUUGAUUAUCGUGAGUUUUUUUCUCUAAUGGAAAAGAUGGAAACAUUAUUUAAAUGAAUGUCAAGUAAUUUUUAUUCAAAAUGUAAUAAAAGUGAAAUUACGCGAGGAUGGUGAUUCAAAGGGCAAAAAGUUCCAGCCUUCAUUAUAAAUAGACUUGUAAUUUUAAUUUCGACUAACAAAACGUGUUUAGUGACACUUUGGAGAAAGUUGCAAAAAUAUAUGUCCAUAGUGCUGUUUUCAUCUCGUCCAGCAUAUUCGUGUUUAUCUGAAUAACAAUGUGGCUUUUAGAAUUUGUGAUGGUUACUACUACGUGUUUUACUUUGUGUAAAUCAAACAGUUAUGGUGGCAGUGCCAACGUUAAACUAAAGUCCAUAGACUGCGAUUUUCCAAAUUACGUGAUGAAUGGAGCUUUAGAGAUUAGUUCUUUAAGAAAUAGUCUAAAUAAACUUUCAAAUGGAACCGAAAUUCGGUACAGUUGUCAGCAAGGUUAUAAAUUAGAUCCUGCGGAAUCAUUUAGGUACUGUAUCAAUGGAUCUUGGACUAAUACGAAUCCAUCUUGCAUUCCGUUAUCCGAUGUAAUUUGUGCGAGACCAGAUACUAUUCCAAACGGAUUCUACCAGCCAUCACCCCCGGAGCAGGCGGAACGUUCGUUCAGAGUGGGAAACAAAAUUGAGUACUCGUGUAAGCAUGAUUACACUUUGAUGGGACCAUCGGUCCUUACUUGCGAUUCUAAUGGCGAAUGGCAUCCGAAAAAGACUCCCUUCUGUACGCCAACGUUCAAAGAAACUGAACAAUUACAAGCGUGUUCUCCACCGCCGAAAGUUCCCAAUACGUUGUGGACCUUGAUACGCGGAAAACAACGAGCAAACGAUGCAUUACCUGGAGCUACAUUCGAAGUGAAUUGUAAUUCGGGUUACCGCGAUUCGAAAAAUCCCUGCGUUGCAUCCAUUAUACGUUGCGACAACGGAUCAUGGAAAGGAUCUGUACCCAGCUGUGUGAAAGUUGAAACCUGCUUUCCUCCGCCUGAUAUAUCUCACGGUUCCAUCAUCAGUCCCAUGUUCGAAGCGAGUUAUCCGAUCUCUUACGAAGUUAUGUAUACCUGCGAUGCCGGAUACGUCACGUUUCCCAAAAAUUUUGCUCAGCUGACGUUGCGAUGUGAAGAAAACGGAUGCUGGGCUCCAAACGCUCUUCCCACUUGUCAUCCGGAGUCGUCGCUAUUUUACGGUUUAAGGAAUAACUACGACGACUAUUUCCACCUGACCACCGGUGGCUUGCUAAUGUGUAUUUUAUUCGCUAUAUUUGGUAUCACGUCUAUCAUGGUGGCGAUUUGCUCAUUGAGCAUGUGUCGCCAACGUUAUUUGUACCUGCGCCACAGACGAAGGACGGCUCGCUCUGAAUCCAGACCCAUACCAAAUCCGGUGGCAGCGGCGAGUCCCUUUAUUAGACCAAAUACUUAUGGUAGAACGGCAUUUAUCGCUUUUGCCGACGGUAUUCAAGUUGAACAGCAGCAUCAUUUGCCAACGUAUGACGAAGUGUUACGGCAAGAUAGAAGUGGUCCGAAUAAUACGGCAGCUAACGAAUGUAUUUCUAGCGGUACUCACUUCGAAGGAACUUACAGCUGCGCGGUUAGUAAUUGCGAUAUACCGAUGGCCAAUGGCAGUGGUCUUAAUAGCACCAACGAUGGAAUUAACAACGAUUCCGGCAGCGGUACGAAUCAACGGAACGUACGGUUCAGCAGUCAACCGUCCGAGUCCAUUCGAUAUCGUUCUGGGUUAUUACAAAAUCACGCUUCUAACCGAGAUAUGAUGGGCAGUACGGAUACGAUGGCCAUUAGCGAAGUAUCAGCCAACACUUUGGAUAACGUUUCUGCGCACACGAUCGGUAGUGUAUCGCAGAAUCCGUCUUGUCGAGCCAUGUGCGGAUCUUUAGCAUCGUUCGACGCGUGUUCAGUCAUUACAGAAGGAUUUCCACUGCUCGAAGAAUACGAAACGGAGAACGAGAAUCAAUCUGGUGGAGCUAAUAUACACAUUCGUAGCGCCAGUGGUAAUAAAUAAAUGCUGACGUUUCCUGGGAGGUUACCUUACAUUUUUUUCUCAUUUAAAAUGUUUAACGAAUUUUGACGAAAAUAUUCACUCGCGUGACACUGUUUAUCCGGUGACCAACUCUAUUCUUAGCGAUUUAUUUCGAUCUAAAAAUAUGAUAGCACUCUAAGAGUGAUAAAAUAGCGAAUUAAACGAGUGGAUCGUUCAAACUUUAAAUUUUCAUUACUCUUGUUGCUCGUGUCGUUACUUUUUUUUAAAAAUCAUAACGAAGUUCGAAUUCAUCCGAACUCUGUUCCAUUCAACUUGACCUCUCAGCUCUCAUUACUACGCGCAAAAAUGUGAUCAUAUUAUGUACUAGUAACUAUUAUUGUCCAUCACUGCUUGAUUCAUUUCAUCUUCAUAACAUUUUGUUCACAUUUUUCCGUAUUGAGAGACCAAGUUGAAUGAAAAUAGAGUUCACAAAAGGUAAUAUUUUGUAAAUUGAGACAUUCGUCAGAAAUCGGCGUUCUAUUGUUAUAAUAAUAAAAUAACUCGACUGUAUCGAUUCGCAGAAAAUUGUUACCUAAUUUUUUUGUACCUAUUAGCGUUGUAAAUAAAUAUUAUUGUUGAAUUUUUUAAAUAAAAUAACUUGUUGUCUCUAAUAA